AGAAAAUAGUUUGCCCUACUUUUGGGGUCGAAUUACCCAUACCUGAGUGAUUGUGUUGACAUCUGGGCUUCUUGGAAAGACUGGAAGAGCAGCUGUUUUACUUAAGUAUAGCCAAUCACUUCUUAUGAAACCUGGAGUCGACACGAUUUCAACAAACAGGUGUCAGAAAAGCAGGGCGUGUGGCCAUCGUCUACAAACUUCUUGGUAGGACCAAACGUACCUCCUUAAAGUCGGAAACAUGCGUAUGGCAUCUAGUGCAUGAAGAGAAAAGGCUACUCAAGAUAGCUACUCUCAGGUGGUAAAGGUUUAAGAAGAAGACGAUAAGAAGCAGACAUGAGGUUGGGUCAGGUUGUCCAGUCGUCCUGCCUGACCCCGUGUGAUGUGUGCCCGGGUACGGUCUCCCCUGCCGUCAGGACCUGUAUCGGCUGUGAGCUGUCCUACUGCAAGGACUGUCUGGAGAGAACACACGGAAACGACGGACUAGGCCAUUGCUUGGUGAAACCAGACGACCAUGUGGAGUCGGAGAUGCCGCGGUGCAGACAGCACGGCCAGCUGGUGGAGCUGUUCUGUCAGACGGACGGCGUCCCCGUCUGUCUGGAGUGUUUACAAACCGGCAGGCACAAAGGUCACAGCGCCACAUCUAUGGAAGACUGGGCCAAUGACGAACAGAAGCGCCACGAUGCCAGGGCAGUUCGCAAACGAGCACGCCACGAAUCGGACUCAGCAGUUGGGGACGAGAUAGAUGACUCGACCAACACCAUAGGAAGCGUCAACGAAGUCUUAACAUACGCUCCGAGUGGGCACCCAAGGGAUAGAGUCCAUGUGCUAUCUACAGGAAAAGUUCAGGCAUCGGUGCCUCGUGAGAGUAACAGAGUACUAGACACAAACAGGUCUGUACUCAGCGACAGGUCUGUACCCAACGUAAGGCCUGUACCCAACGACAGGUCUGUACCUAAUAACAGACCUGUACCCAAGGAAAGGCCUGUAUUCAAGGACAGACCUGUUUCAAAUGACAGGCCUAUGCUCAACGACAAUCCUGUACCUAGAGACAGACAUGAACCAAACGACAGACCUGUAUCCAUCGACAGACCUGCACCCGACGACAUCAGCACUAUCAGAGCAAGGGAUCAUCUUCCAAGAGAAGGACGGCUGGUUGGAUGGAAGUGUAAUCCAAGCAGAGGUGAGGUACCAGUUGACCAUACAAGAACAGCUGGGGAAACAGUUCAGCCGAUCGUAGGAAGCUUUAGAGAAGCAACGACGCAUGAAACUGCUAAACAACAUGUUGGAAGGGAACGCCAACAACCCGCAAGGGGCUGUUUGAGCACAGGUCAAGUACUAACACACCCUAUAGGCGGCGUAAAACAGGUUGUUAACCCGCCGGUGCAUAACAGAUUCGACAAUGCAACAUACGAUCGUUUCUAUCAGCCCCAAGAGAAGAGGAUAGUCGAAGCUUCCAGUAGUGUUUCAGCAAGUUCAGGCGGGCCUUACUACAUAAGCUGUAGGGAAGAAGUGGUUGGACCCGUAGAGUUUAGCAAAGUCGAACCCAGUUCACUUGAAGACGCCGUUGCCGACUAUCUCCAACAAAAGCACGCCAUAGAGCAAGAUCCAACAAUAAGGGGGUGUCAUCAGAACACGGAUAAAGGGCCAUCCGGUGUUGAUAGUGUGUACGUAAGUCACGCGAGGUUAGUCCUGAACAACAUCAAAAGUUCUCAGAACGUGGGCACAGGUGCGGAGCAUUCCCUGAAGCAUCCGAAAAAUGAAGAGCAGCGAUUCACAACAAGACACCAGACUACAGGGGAAAGCUUAGUGGAUAAAGAAGCAGGCUUUUCUCCUGACACGACGCCAAAGCCAUUGGAGCUGUUUGAGCACAGAAGGGUCAGUAUCAGUAGGGGUCUAAAAUUGCCCGAAGAGGACUUGAGUACUCGUGGUAACUUCGCGCCAACAGAAAGACAGCAGCAAGGAUACAGACUCAGAAACAGAGAGCAAGCCAACAAAGACGUUCAACAGGCCGUGCAAGACAUGUUUACAAAGUACAUGGUGACAGGGCAUGGGUUAGCUACCACUGGACAGCACCAGCUGUCUCCGGACCAUUCUAGUAGUAGCGGCACUAUUGCAACAAACAACAAAAGAUCCCAAGCCAUAUUUCGUCCGGCACGUAAGCUGCUCGGGAUGAAUGCAGACACAAAGGCCACAAGGAUCGCUCGUGCUGUGAACCUUGCAAAUAAACCAGAUUUAGGGUUGAAGUCUGAAAGCUUCGAGGAGGGCAGACCUGUACCACAGCACAAAACCACGAGCGGACUUGGAGUUCAAUCUUGGACUGCGACCAAAGAUUUUUCAGCACGUUCAACACAAGAGGUACCGGGGACUCUUAAUACAGCACUUGGUCAGAAGUAUGCACUGAAAGCCAAUACGACUGAAGAGGACAUGCAGACAUCGCAGUCCCAAAACAAAGUUCGGUCGCACACAGGUGGGGGCAAACCCAUUGGAACGGAACCACAUUCGGAGGGUCAAUGCUCGUCAACACAGCAAGAUGCAAAUUCUGCCACCCUCACUUCGUCAAAGGUCGCGUCAGGUGAACAGAACAGGUUGGGUGAUUCUUCAGGCACCCACGUGCGAGUAAACACGCACACCUCAGGAGUGUCACCAGCAGGUUCACAACUACCGAAGUCUGAGGAUCAGUCGAAGGUGUUGGAGAAAACUGGAGGAAUGGGACAAGAGAUGAACGCAGGGCCCUUCAAGGCUGGGUUACGGCUACGGCUCUCGGGCAGAAGAGGCAAGCCGAGCUCCAGAGAUGUCCCCACUCGUCCCAUGAGCGUGAACAUGGCGAUGUCACUACAGGAUACAGCAUCGGCAAAACCUAAGCGACAAGAUCACCGUAAUGCAGGGGCAACGUCGACUGGCAGAACAGACAGACGACAACAGGCGAAAACAGACUCUACAGCAGCUCGAAGGGGUUCGGAUUCUUCCCUGGCAGUUAGAAUAGCCAGAGUGCUGCCUCAGAGACGGGAAACGAGUGAUGGUUCUCAGCAAGACAUGGCAGCCCAAUCCAGUCUCCCCAGGAUUAUCCCUACACUAUGCGGCGUUGGCCACACCUGGAUCACUCUAAGAUGGACAGUUUCCGAAGUCAAAAACUACAAAGCUUAUCAAGUUCAGUACCAGAAGCAUGGCGGCCCUGUGAACGUGACACCUUUUCGGUACGGCAGUACCAGAGAAACGGUUGAUAACCUGUCCCCUGGGACAACCUACACCAUGCAGGUUCGUGCCUUGGACAUGGAAGGACUGGUCCACUGUAGCAACAAGGUGGACAUGAAGACGUCAAGUCGCCGUCUGGCCGUGCCUCCACAAGCAGAGACUGCUGCUAAACUCCGUCAGGCGGUCCAACAAGCCAGGCAGAAUAAAGAGCAAGACACAAAGUCAAAGAAGACUUCCCGAUGGGGGAUCAGUCAUCUGACGUCCAGUUUUAGAAGAAAGAAGAAGAAAUCAGCAACCAGCGAGUCCGACACGGAAAGCAAGGCGUCUUACACGGAGUCUCCGACGAGCGGGAGACGAGAGUCAAACGUGAGAAGAUCGUCCAUCGAUUCCCAAGACUCAGAAAUCUCCACGAUGUCCACAAUCAGCCGAACUUCGCGGAAGUCUCAGAAGAGAGUUCACUUCAAAGAGGAGGACAUCUCCAAGGCUUAUGACAUCCGGGAGAUGCAGGCUCUGUACCCGGAACUCAGCAAGGAAGAGAAAGUCAUCGGUGAUAAUGUUCUUUUGCCAGAGAGCACCAAACAAGUUGAUGAAAGGGACCAUCAUACUAAUGACGAAAGAAAGGCAGAGGCAGAAUCAAAACAACAGGCUGAUAUCCAGAGACGACAGCAGGUUUCGUCUCCCGUCUUCAUGAGCCUCAUGGACCAGGGCGAGGAAUCAGAAGCGGAAACCUUCAAGCGAGUUGCCGAUAACGUCAGGGGCACACUCGGGAUGUCCAUCAAAAAGGUGUCCGUUGAAGUGCAAACACAGGAGGGAGGAAUCUUUCGACCUGUCGUUCGCGCUCCCACCGUCAGGGGGAGUGGUGAAGACAUUGUGUCAUCUAAGCCGUCCGACAGGUCGGCAAGUUCGCCAGAAUGGGACACUAACGUGGAUUCAAACAUUGCCCAGACGAGUCCAGGAUUUCGAAAUGUCAAACGUGAAAGGACGUGGCAAGAGAUCAUUGAAGAAGACUACGACCCCAAGGAGGGCUGGAAGAACGUCCAAGUUGGUGACAAGAUGCGUUUCAUAGACCUGGAGGCGAUCAAACCAUACAGAAAGGUUCUUACACAUGCAGGUUACUAUGGAGACAAGUCCAACGCCAUCGUGGUGUUCUCGUCAUGCUACAUGCCCAACAACAGUCUGAAAGACUACAAGUACAUCAUGGAAAACCUCUUCCUAUACAUCCUCAGCUUCCUGGACAAAAUUGUUGAUGAAGAAUACAAGAUCGUCUUCCUAAACUACACCAAGGAGAGGAGCAACCUACCCUCGGUCACGUGGCUCAAGUCCUGCUAUGAUCACAUUGAUGCAAAGUUUAAGAAGAAAUUGAAGGGUUUGUUCAUCGUGCAUCCCACCAUGUGGCUGAAGAUGCUAGUUCACGUGUCCAAACCGUUCGUCAGUUCGAAGUUCUCCAAGAAGCUGCAGUUCGUGGACAACUUUAAGGACCUCCAGAAGCAGCUUCCUGUAGAUCCUGAGGCCAUUCCUGAAGACGUCAAGAAAUUUGAAGAAGAGUUGGUAGGAAGUACUUCCAACAAAAGAGGAACCUUCGCUGCGCUGAAGGCGGCACUGGGAAGGGAAGUCCAGCAAGGCAGUGUGCCGGAAAACGCGUUCUGUGCUCCAUAUAACAAGGGACUUGCUAGUAGCAUGUGGGAAGGGUUUCCAACACUGCGGUUGUAGGAUGUUAUUAUCUUCAAGUUUAGCUUUCAUGUUUUUGUGCUUUUAGUUUUCAUAAGGCACAACAAACUUUACUCUAUCAUGUCUAGCUUUAGUUGUUGCAAUAGAAAUGUAUUGUCAGUGCUGAAUAUAUAUAGGUUAGAAUGAGCUCUUUGCUACAUUGCUCAAGUUAGCAGUGUAUAUCUUUUGGACAACAUAACUUCGUGUUUGUAGUUGUAAAUUUGGUGAGGGUAAUGCUGUUCUAAUGUUAGCUUGUAAAUUUAGACUUACGCUGCAUGUUACAUUGCUAUUACUGGUGCAAAAUGAUACAUAUUGUUUCAUGCAGUGAUUCACCGUGAGUGAUUAUGGUGCUGAAGUGACUUAUUUGUUGCAGUGUUUAAGAGAAACAAAAAAGGGAUUGGUGUGUGGGAUAUAACUGCAUGCAUGUUUGAAAAUGAAGCAUGUCUUUUAUAUGUUAAGUUUGAUAUGCCAGCACCGAAGCUAACAACGUUCGAUACAUACAGAGACAUCUGUACAUGCUUGUUAGACUUUGUAGACCGUCAGGUUUAUCCUGUGAGGGAUUUCAACAAAAAUAAAGUGUUUUUUUCUCUAAGGAA